CAGCUGUAGUUAGAAAAGGUCAAACUAGAAAUAAAAACAAAUGCCAAAUUAUUAACCAGCAAAACUCUUUUUGUCUCCUUUUCAGUUGCACCUCAUUUAAAAUUAGGAAUUAAUAAGCACAGAGGGUUCUACUAUGUCCAAAUCUUUAGAAAGUGUGACUGCUUAGCAGCAUGUGGAUUGCAAGAUAAUGCCAGAUUGCUUUCAAGUUUUAUUUAAAUAGUGCAGAAAAACAUUUUCUUAAGGGAGAGGAGGCUUAUUUCACUAGUUUGUGCAUAAUUCAGACCUCAGCUGUUUGCUAUCAUGGUUACUAUUUGGAAAUUCAAUCCUGGACUUGAUACUCAAUUAUAUGGGACUUCAUUCCUACCAACUUCCUGUAAUUCUAAACCUAUGGGUAAAAAUAUUAGUAGUCAUACGCUGCUGAGGAAAGUACGGACACAUUGACUCAGCUCGUGCAGCCGCAGCAGGCGUUGCUGUUUGCAGCUUGCAAGUUCUGGAAGCCUAUUAUAGCAUUCAUUUAUGCAAAUUCCAGAGGUGUAAUUGAAACAAGGUCAGCAGUGUUUGUCAGUGUGUCGCAGCUGAGGUCCUUGGAACAUAAGUGCUUUUUAAAUGAAGGCGUUCUGACUGCAAGCAAUAACGACGGUCCAGAAACUACAGUUCAAGGAAUGGCUGACUUAUUUCAAGAGGUACUUUCUUUUAAAAUGCUAGUAUCUUGUAGAAAUUAGGACAAAGACUGCGACUUUUAUGGGCUUUUACUGUUGCAGUGUACCAGCUCUGGGUUCUGGGCAGCUGCCUGUAGCCUUUCUGCUGAAGGAUCUUUGUGGGUUUCAUUUGCUAACAUGCGUGGAAAUGAGAACAAAUGGCACGACGGUUAAGAUUGCAUUUUGCUACCCAAAGAAGCAACACAGACCCAUUAUCAGAAACCUCUGAAGAUUUUUUGGAUAGGAAUAAUUGUGUGUACUUCAAAAAAUCGCAGAGUUCUGCACCUAGCUUUACACAAGUGAAACUAAUUCCUAGACAAGCUGCUUAUGCACCUGUAGUGCAACAAGUAAUUAAUCAAGAGAAAAGCACAAGUAUUUCAUCACUGCAAAUAAAAAAGAGCAGUUCACUGCACAUUUCCUUGCAGUCUAGGAAGCAGAGUGGAUGUUCUAGGUUUGGUGAUGCCGUGGCUGCUGGUGAAGACGCUUCAUUCAUUGGUAUUGGUAGUGAAGGGAGCUGUGGUGCUGGAGCCGUGUCUGACCAUCGAUCUAAUGACAGCCUUCUGAGCAGUGCUGUUCUGGGCAGAGGCAGCCUCAGCAGCAUCGCAGCAAGUGACAGCGGCUCGUUCAGCAGUGCUGGCAGUGACUACGGAUCAUGUGCAAGUACCACAAGUGAUGGAGGUUCAUAUACUAACAGUAUCAUCAGUGACAGUGGCAGUGGCACUCUAUGGACAAGUGACAGUACUUUCUGUAGUAGUGUCGCACAUGGUGACUCUUCAUAUAGAAGCACUGGAAACAAAUGUAAUCCCUCCAGGAGCAACUCAUCUCAGGAGACACUGUACAGAAGUAAUACUACUUUUGACCAAGAUGCUCUGUCAGUGAGGAAGAAAACUAAAAUUCCAUUGCGACGUUGUUCAUCACUGGUUAUUUUUCCUAGGAGUCCUUCCAGUACUCCUCCAGCUUCUCCAGUAAGCUCAGGUCAGCUACCACAUAGAGGCACCUAUCAAACAUCUCAUAAACUGAUUAUUUCUCCUAGUGAGCUGGCACAAAAGGAAGAUCAGACCAUUUCCAAAGGAUUCCUUUCAACAGCAGUCAAUGGACUUAGACUGUCUAAAACAGUUUGCUCUUCUGGCGAGGUCAGAGACAUCCGACCGCUUUAUUUGAAUGCAUCAUUGCAGGACAAAAGUCAAAUUUUGAAUGGUCCUCAGCAGGCAACUUGUGAAGAAGUACCUGAUGGCUUCUCAUGUGUUUCAGUUCAUCUUACACAAGGAGCAUUUGCAUCGAGCAGUGAAAUGGUUAAUGGCUCUUGCAGUCCAGAGUUAAAUCUGAACUCUGGUACAAAAUACCCUCAUUUAAAACUGGAACGUAGCACAUCUGCAUGUCUGCCCUCAAAACCAGAUUCAGAAUAUCAGAUUAAUAUAAAUGAACUAGGAAGACCAAAUGCACAGAUGAGCAAAACUCCCCAUAUUUUGCAAAGAAGUGUUUCCUUGGAAGGAUCACGCCAAAAAGUUUCUUGCUGCUUAUCCAGCCUUAAAUACAAGUGUCAUAGUGCAAGGACGUCUCAGUUGCACAUACAGUUCAAAGCUGGGAAUGAAGGAAAAACAACUGGUGUUAGGAAAAGAUAUGGAACCUCUAAAAGGGAAAUGUCUAGCACUUUGUGGAGGCCCCAUAAGACUCGAGAUGAUUUUCUUGGACAAGUGGAUAUUCCUCUUUAUCAGUUACCGACAGAAAAUCCAAGUAUGGAGAGACCAUAUACAUUUAAGGAUUUUGUUCUUCAUCCAAGAAGCCAUAAAUCAAGAGUUAAAGGCCACCUUAGAUUAAAAAUGACUUACUUACCUAAAAACAAUGGGUCUGAAGAAGAAACCACAGAACAGGCUGAAGAAUUAGAGCCUGGGUGGAUUAUAUUGGACCAACCAGAGGCUGCUAGCCAGCCACAACAGCAGCAGCAGGAAUCUCCUCCACUGCCUUCAGGCUGGGAAGAAAGACAAGACAUCCUCGGCAGGACCUACUACGUCAAUCAUGAAUUCAGAAGAACACAGUGGAAAAGACCAACUGCACAGGACAGUGUGGCUGUUGCAGACCUUGGCAGUGUGCAGCUGGAGGCCCAGCACGUGUUCACUCACCGGCGACAGAUAUCAGAGGAUACAGAGAACACAGACAGCAGAGAUUCCCCCGAGAGCUGGGAAAUUAUAACUGAAGACGAGGCAACAAUGUACAGCAGUCAGAAUGUUCAAAUACCUCUCUCGCAGAGUAGCUGUGAUAUACAGAGUCAUCUUGCAGAAGAAUUGAGUAACAGGCUUACCACCUCUGGAAGUCCAGCUACUGGCCAGUCAACAGCCUACACUAACCAUUCCAGCAGAAGAGGUAGUCUGCAGACAUACAGACCUGAAGAGCAGCCUGCACAUCCAGUGUUACUGCCUACUUCAUCUGGAUUGCCCCCAGGCUGGGAAGAACGACAAGAUGAAAAAGGAAGGUCAUAUUAUAUAGAUCACAAUUCUAGAACCACUACCUGGAUAAAACCAGUUGUACAGAUUGCUGCGGAAACAAGUCAGGCAUCAGCUGCACAAAGUAUUUCUAUAGCAAGACAGCCACAAGCAACAUCAAGUGAUUCAUCACAACAGUCUUCUCAGCAGCAGCCUGAAAUGGAGCAAGGAUUUCUCCCUAAAGGCUGGGAAGUCCGACACGCACCCAAUGGGAGACCAUUCUUUAUUGACCACAAUACCAAAACUACAACAUGGGAAGAUCCAAGACUGAAAAUUUCUGCUCCUCCAAGGAGAAAGACUUCCCUAGAUCCAGUUGACCUGGGCCCAUUACCACCAGGGUGGGAAGAGAGAACUCACACGGAUGGAAGAAUAUUCUUCAUAAACCACAAUACGAAGAGAACACAAUGGGAGGAUCCUCGACUGCAGAAUGUGGCAAUAACUGGACCAGCUGUGCCUUACUCCAGGGACUAUAAGCGGAAGUAUGAAUUCUUCAGAAAGAAAUUGAAGAAACAGAGUGAUAUUCCAAAUAGGUUUGAAAUGAAAAUUCAUCGCACAACAAUCCUUGAAGAUUCUUACAGAAGAAUCAUAGCUGUAAAGAGAGCAGAUUUCCUUAAAGCGAGACUUUGGAUUGAAUUUGAUGGUGAAAAAGGUUUAGACUAUGGAGGAGUUGCCAGGGAAUGGUUCUUCCUUCUCUCUAAAGAAAUGUUUAAUCCUUAUUAUGGAUUGUUUGAAUAUUCAGCUACAGAUAACUAUACUCUGCAGAUCAAUCCCAACUCUGGACUUUGCAAUGAAGAUCAUCUCUCUUAUUUCAAGUUUAUAGGUCGUGUGGCUGGAAUGGCUGUUUACCAUGGCAAACUUUUGGAUGCCUUUUUUAUUCGUCCUUUUUACAAGAUGAUGCUCCAAAAACCAAUAACACUACAUGAUAUGGAGUCUGUGGAUAGUGAAUAUUACAAUUCUCUGAGAUGGAUUCUCGAAAAUGAUCCAACAGAACUGGACCUCAGAUUCAUAGUUGAUGAAGAGCUUUUUGGUCAGACCCAUCAACAUGAACUGAAAAGUGGUGGAUCAGAAAUAGUUGUCACCAACAAGAACAAGAGAGACUACAUUCAUCUUGUAAUUCAAUGGAGAUUUGUGAGCCGAGUACAGAAACAAAUGACAGCCUUUAAAGAGGGCUUUUUUGAACUAAUACCACAGGAUCUGAUUAAAAUUUUUGAUGAAAAUGAGCUAGAGUUAUUAAUGUGUGGAUUGGGAGAUGUGGAUGUGGCUGACUGGAAACUACACACAAAAUACAAAAACGGCUACAACAUAAACCAUCAAGUAAUACAGUGGUUCUGGAAGGCAGUCUUAAUGAUGGACUCUGAAAAGAGAAUAAGAUUACUUCAGUUUGUUACUGGCACAUCGCGUGUUCCCAUGAAUGGGUUUGCUGAGCUAUAUGGUUCAAAUGGACCACAGUUGUUCACAGUUGAACAGUGGGGUACCCCUGAAAAACUGCCAAGAGCUCAUACCUGCUUUAAUCGCUUGGAUUUGCCUCCAUAUGACUCAUUUGAAGAUUUAUGGGAUAAACUUCUUCUAGCGAUUGAAAACACUCAGGGUUUUGAUGGGGUUGAUUAAGACACAGACAUAAAUUGUGUUGGUCCAGUGCUGCAAUUUCAUUUUAAGGGUUUACAAACAAAUCUGAAUUUUCCAGGGACUACCAUUGUAUUUAGUCACAUGGCUAUUGAAUCUUCAUAGUACCGUGUGUAAAAUAACUAAGUAUUAAAAAUCACUAACUUUUGAAAAUGGGUUUUGUCAUUUCCAUAGCUUUGUGUAUUUGCUGAUACAGGCAAUAUACACAUUGGAUCAGCCAGUGCCAAGUAAGUAAAAAACUAAAAUGUUUUUAGAGCAGUUGCCUCUUGUACAAUAUUUGAGACUGUCCUGCAGUAAACUACUGAAGUAAAGCUGUGAAGAAAACUUUGCAGAGGAUUUAAAUUUGAUUUGCUGCUUUAAGAGGAGCAACUGAAAUUGUUAAACUGUUUUAAAAAAACCCAACAAACUUUGUGUAUUAUAAUAUCAUAACUUGUGCUGCUUCAGGCUCUUUGCAACAGAUCUGCCCAAAGCACCUUAUAAUUCAGCAUAUUAUAUAAAACAUUGGGAAACAUUUGUUUGCAGAACACUGACUUGCUACAGUUGUUAGACUUCUGUUUCUAACUUGCUUUUACUAAAACAGUGUAACAAACCCAAGAUUUUUAUACAAAACAGAUAAGCAGCAUAUUUCUGACUUUUAAUGAAAAAUUAUAUCCAGUUUUUGUUUGAAUUUGUAUACUAAUGUUGGUUUAUUGAGUGUUCAUCACUUUUUUGGAUAAAUUUGUAGUUGAGCGAUAAUAUUUUCAAUUCAGCCUUUUGCAACAAAUCAAUCUUAAAACGAAAUUUGUAUGGAUAUCACUCAGUAUUUAGUUACUGAUAGUUAGAGGCCUUUACUAUCCAUUCUUGCAGUAUUGCACUACAUAACAAUAAAGAACAUGUUUACAGGGUUUUCUGGGCCAAAUUCAGCAGUCUGUUAUGUGCAAGCUCCUGAACUGCAUGGAAGUUAUGCACAUGUGAGCAGGUGCAGAAUUUGGUUCUGUGAUAUGUUUACAGGUUGCUAGUUUCUACAGCUGCAUUUUUAUAUUUUUUUCUCCAGUGUUAGUCUAGAAACCAAAUUUGUUAAUACAGUAUAACCAAAGUCAUAACCAACAAUGUGCAAUUUAUUGUAGAUCAACUUGUCAUACAUAAAUAUUAGUUUGAUUUCUUUUGUAAAUGUGGGUCCUUUUUGUAUUAAUAUUAACUUUUUUUUUUUGAGCAAGUGCUGGUUAAAAUGAUUAAGAAAGUUGGUUCUGAAAGAAAACAAAUUUGUUUGUAUACAUGCCUUGCUCAAAUUUUAACAUUUUAUUACCAAUAUGAUCUGAGGAAAUGACAGUACCUGGCUUUGGCCGCCAAUUUUCUGUUUAGUCACAGUCUUUAUAAAUAUGCAAGAAGGAAGUGUAGCACAUCUCUCUCUGAAGAUAUGUAAAUUAUGUAACAAAUGUUAAUGGGUCUUAAGGGAUAUUUAAAAUCCCACUUUGUUUUAUCCUUUGACUAGGUCAUUAGGACUGAGAGUAUUACAUGUAAAUAAAGGUAACUUAUACAAAUUUCCCAAAUCUAUAUGCAGUUUUGUAAAACGUGAAUGGAAUAUCAGUAAAUCUGUAUAGAUUUGAAUGUAGCAGGUUUUGUUGCAUACUUUAAAGUAUAAAAUAAGGAUCCUGAGAGCAGUAAAUAAAAGUUUAUUCUAAUAA